AAAGUGCACGGUGAAAGUAGUACUGAACGGCGUACCUGUUGCUCUUAUAUUGUGUGUGUGUUUGUUAAUAUAAGUGUGAAAACAAUCAUCUGCUCACGAUCACAUUCAAAGGAAUUACGGUCUGCUUCUCCAAAUCUCUACUACUCGAAGGGAUUAAACAUACUGUAAAUUUUUAUGAAGUUUACUACACUCGUAAUAUGUGUCAACAUUCGUUUCUAGAGGACAUCAUCAGUAAUGGGCAACAUCGGAAGUCAAACUGGGCAUAUUAGCCAGCGAACCCCGACUGAAGAAAAAUGGGCCCAUUCCUUUCCGAGAACACAACCACCAAGAAUUAACCACCAACAUAAGGUACUUCCCGAUAGAGAUGCUCGACAGAAGCUACGGCCCACUAACAAUGGCGAAAUCUUACAUUCUGGAGGCACUUUGUCCGGAAGACAAAACAGAGUACCCCCGGAAAGAGCUAAUACAAACGGGUAUAAAGAGCAUAGUCCCACGCUUCGGUCAUACUACUCCAACGAACGAGAUCCUCUCCAUAAAUCAAGGCCACAAGCCGCACACCGGUCUAAUCAAAAUUUUACUAGUCAAAAAACCCUUCAUGAACAGAUGAAAUCGUUUGCGUCGGAACCAGACCUUAGGUACACCUCUCCAAUGGUACAAGGAAUGAAAGAAAGAAAGGCGAAGAAAAAAUAUAAGGCACCUGCACCACCUCAAAAUUACACGGCGAAUGAUAAAUUAGAUUGGGAAGAAAAUUCUAGCGAUACCGAUUUCCCUAUGAGGAAAGCUCGUCUAUUUAAAACCAGAGCUGAAACAAAAAAGAAUUCUAGUCAUGUACAUAAAUUUUCGAGCAUGGAAUAUACCGAAAAUCCUAACAGUAAGUUUAAAUUUGAGGCAUUUACAAAUCUUCGACCAAAUAGGCUGUCACUACCAGAAUUGAAACUUGCUACUUCUGAUGAAUUUCAAAAAGAGUUGAAAGAAGCUACGAAACGCUUGAGAGACAUACAAAUAGAAAAUAAGAGUACUACAAAACAUGAACCAAAUGAAACGAAAAAACACGUUACCAAUAAAGAAAAACUAAAAACUUUAGAUCACAAUGUAAAUAACGCUGAAAACGUUAGGAAAAAGCUCAAGGCAAUCGACGAUAAUAAAAACAUAAUUAACUUCAUACGAGGGGAAGCAUCUGGUAAAGAAUCCUCUACUUCUAAUACGUCUCCUAAUUUGAUUGCUAAAGACAUAUCAGGAAGAGACCAACCUAAAACUUUCUAUUUUGGUAUGGACGAAUCACUCAGGAAUAACAACAUUAUCCACGAUAUCAAAACGAAUCUCCAUCAAAUAAAUAAUAUAACAAAUUCGUCUGAAUCCGAUAUAUCAAGUGAUAUAGAUUCAGAUGAAAAUCAUGUGUCUAAAAUUGAUAUUAACUUACAAUUACGUCCGAUUUUACCAAAAAAGCAAUUAGAAAUACCUAGAUUUUCACCAGCUGUCGCAUGGAGAUUACUAUCAUCUAUGGAAAUCGAUGACACUGUUGCUACGGUAGCUAGUGAUGACGUACCAGUUUUUGUAGAAGAACACAUUGAAAAAUAUUCCAGACCACUACCCCCAUCGGUAGAAGUUGGACCUAGAUCGAGCAAUGACAAAUCAGGAGAUUCAGGUAUAUCCGGAGAUGACGCGAUUCCAGCUGCGUGUUACGACGACAAUGCGGAAAGUGGCAUUGCUUUCCCUGGACCCACGACUUCAUAUUUAGCAAAACAGGAGAGGGUAUCGUGGACACCACAACAAGAUCUAGGCGAUGACUCUAGCAUGGAAGAAUGUAUCAAUAACAAAUCCAUUUUAAAUAAUUCAAAAUCGACCCACUCCGGACCCCACCUGUUCAGUUUGUCUUUACCUAGAGAUAACCAGCUAGCAGCUUACAUAAUAGAAAAGUCAAAUCCUCAUUAUAGUGGUUUAGAAAGGUUGAAGAGGUCGGUUUCAGGUGUUUUGAAUAACUUGUCGAAUAAAAAGGAUAUCGUACAAGCUCACUUGACGGACGAAGAAAGUGUUAAUUGGUUUUUGAGCAAAUCUGCCCCCAAUUCCCUAAGUAACGGAUUUCAUUCCUUAGAAGUGCGAAAAUCUAAAGAUUCCGAUCAAAUCUAUCCGUCUGUAGCAAAUAAGGCUUCUAGCAGAGUGAUGUACUUACCAGAAAUAGAUACCAAUCAAGGAAGGGAUAACAUCAAACCUAACAUCGAGGAGGAUAAGACGAUAAUACGCAAUACGGACAACUUUGGCAAGUUUAAACUGUCCGUAUAUUCAAAAUCCUGUGAAGAUAUAACCACAGAAAUCAUAGAUCGACCUGAAGUAUUUCAAAAUACACCAGUAAUAGACGAGCACAGAUGGAAAUCAAAUAAUAAAUCGAAGAAAUUCACCUUCCAAAGUACCAUUCGACAAAUAGAAAAGAAAAGGCUGUCCGAUAAAUUUUCGCGAGAGGCUGAGAGAAGGGAAAAGAAAAGGCUUAGGGAGCUUGAAGCGAUGCAGAAGGUCGAGGAGGAGUUUCAAAAAAAGAGAGCAAGAGAAAAAGCUACUAUUCGACAACAACUAAGGCUGUAUUGCAUGGACGAGAAUCCGGUUUGGUCCAGUUUACCUCCCAAUUUGGAAAUCAAAGACGAAGUAAGACCCGAACCUGACGGAGCAAUAUCUUCAUCUACCACGUCUUCUCCUUUGCCAAUAACGAAAUCUAACGAUAAGAAGCAUUUUCAAAAAUAUAAAAGUGUGGAAGUAAAAAAUGGUGAGGGUAAAGCUAGACCUAUUGCCACUAGAGAACUAUCUGAGUACCGACAGACACAAAGAGACUAUAAAGAAUACCGAGGAAGUACGAAAUAUACUAGUGACGGUAGAUACCAUACCACUGUGCACCCUCAAAUUACGUGUAAUAUGCCAAAGGCUACAGGAACUACAGCGACAGGAGGUAACUACAGGAAAGGUUUCACGCAUGGCAUCAAAAGUACAAUGUCCGGUGAAAGUACAUUUUCCGAAGACUCGCAAAAUAACUCGCAAAUGUAUUACAACAAAUACGCUCCUAUCACCAGGUUUUAACCCACCAAGAUAUAUUCAUAUAGAUUAAGUACAAUACUGUAUAUUUGUGAAAUAUUUAACCCUUAUAAUAUAUAGAUGACGUUCAUUCA